GUUACGCGAGCAAAUGGUGCCGAUUCCGUUGCCUUAACUAAAUUUAAUAUUUUUAUUUUAAUUCAACAACGGCACCAUGAAUAAACUGAUUAGACCAAUGCAGUUGUUGGCAUUACAAAGGCCACUGCUAGCAAAUACACAGCUUAAGGCGCUGGCGCCAGCAUUGACGCAAAGCGGUGACACCGGCGACAAGUGCGGUCUGCACACGUCUGCCAAUGGAGCUCUGUGUGCCAAGUGGAAUAAACACAACUAUGGUCCAAAGAAAUGGCUGGAAUAUAACAAGACGGUGCAUCCGCCGCAGGAAAAGGAUGAAGAGCCACGCAAUGCGUACAUUUGUCACAUGCGCAGCAAUAUCAAGUAUAGUCCUGACAAGAUGUGGUAUAUAGCUGCCUUUGUGCGUGGCAUGUCCGUGGAUGAGGCACUCAAACAGCUUGACUUUGUGCUUAAAAAAGGAGCCACGGAUGUCAAAGAGACCAUACUGGAGGCACAACAAAUGGCACAGGAGCGUCACAAUGUCGAAUACAAAAGCAAUCUCUGGAUUGCGGAAUCGUUUGUUGGCAAAGGACGCGUGUUCAAAGGAAUGCGUCGGCAUGCUCGCGGUCGCUUUGGACGCGUAGAGUAUAAGCAUUGUCACUACUUUGUGCGUCUGGAGGAGGGUACGCCGCCAGAGCACUAUUACCAGCCUGAGCCACAGACACCCCAACAGCAAUAUGAGCAUUGGUUAGAACAGAUGCGCAGCCGCAAAAUUAUUAAUUCCUUGUAGUUGUUCAAUAAUUUAAUUAACAGUUACAUUUAUAACAUCAA